AUUGGCGGGAAUUCUUGAUCCGGUGGAGGCAAAUUCGGCGGGAAUUCUUCAGCCGGUGGAGGUAAAAUUGAAGGGAGGUCUUGAACCGGUGGAGGUAAAAUUGGCGGGAAAUCUUGAACGGGUGGAGGCAAAGUCACGGGAAUGACUGGUGGCGAAGGUGUUGACUGGUCAAUAGGUGGUUCGAUGGUUACAUCAGGUGGUGGAAGCUCCGGCGUAGAUUGGUCAGGCGGCGUUGGAUUCAGCGGUUGUCCGUUGCCUAUAUCGGGUGGGAGAUUGUCUACCGGUGGAGGAGAUCCGGUGGUUAUAACCGGCGUUGGAAAUUGUGCAGCUGGCGGCGUUAAAGUAGACAGGUCUAAAGGCGGAGGAAGGAGGAAAACUGGAGAUGGCGGUGGUGAUCCAGUAGGUAUAUCAGGCGGCGAAAACCAUGCUAUUGGUGGCAUGGGCGGGACGUCUGCGACUAGCGGCGGAGGAGAUGUGCCAGCAGUUCCCGGAGCUCCGCCACCUAAAAGAGGAGGAGGAGAACUGGUGAUUCCCGGAGCUCCGACACCCAAUAGAGGAGGAGGAGGUGAACCGGUUACUCCCGGAGCGCCACCGCCUAGAAGAGGAGGAGGAGGUGAACGUGUGAUUCCCGGAGCUCCGCCUCCUAAAAGAGGGGGAGGAGGUGAACCGGUAAAUCCCGGAGCGCCACCACCUAAAAGAGGAGGAGGAGAUGAGCCGGUGAUUCCCGGAGUGCCACCGCCUAAUAGAGGAGGAGGAGGGGAAUCAAUUAGUCCUGGAGCUCCGCCACUUAAAAGAGGGGGAGGAGGUGAAUCGGUGGUUCCGGGAGCGCCUCCGCCUAAAAGAGGAGGCGGUGUCAUUGUAAACGGUGGCUGUGAAACCGAGCCACCAGGUAGUGGCGGUGGUGGCGAUAAAACUAAAGGAAGGGGUGGUGAGGGAAGGGAGGAAGAUAAUGGUGGCGGAAGCGGCGCAGAAGGGGGAGGAAGGGGUAGGACUGGAACAGGAGAAGGCGUCACGGAUGGUGAUGGUGGUGGUAGAACGGGAAGUAAAGGUGGCCAUGGAGGGAGUAUAAAAAUCGGCGUAGGGACAAAUGGCGUAACGGGAGGCGGUGAAGCUGGUGCUGGGACGCAAGUUAUGCAAGGCUGCGGAGGAGGUGGUGCCGGGGCUGUGGCACAAGUAAUGCAAGGCUGCGGAGGAGGCGGGGCCGGAGCUGGGACACAAGUAAUGCAAGGCUGCGGAGGAGGCGGUGCCGGGGCAGUGACACAAGUAAUGCAAGGUUGCGGAGGCGGUGGUGGUGGCGAUGGGGGAGGUGGGCAAGGAAUGGGAAUUGGCGGUGGCGGUGAUGCUUGUACACAAGUAAUACACGGUGGUGGUGGUGAACCGUUGACUAUGAUUGGAGGCGGUGGUGGUGAGCAGGGUGUGACAACAGGGAGUGACGGUGGCGGCGGAAGGGGAAGAGGUGGUGGUAAGAUCACCGGAGGAGGUAAGAAAGGGUUUUGAGGACAAGGGACAAUCGGGAAAUUCCAUUGACCGCAAGUGCCGAAAAUGCACCUGAAAAACACGUCACAUCUUGUUGAGAAAGCUUCUCCGUUUCUACUUCGGCUUCUUCUUCUGCUUUUGACUCUUCUAUUUCUUCUAUCUAAACCUUUCUUUUCUUCGUCUCUGUGUCUGUGACUGUUGUGUGGAUUCUCUAUUGCUUCUGUUAUUGAAACACUGAUCAAAAGCAGUGUAAUGACACAUCUUAGUACAAUUUUCUUCAUCCUUUUUUUUGUAAGGCAUGCAGGAACUCUACUACGCAUGUGUAUAUAUUUAUAGUCGAAUCAUUGAUGGUCGACUUAUGUUUGAUUUUUGGCAAUUCCUAUGUUUUGUCUCUACCAAAGACCUUAGUUUUGUAAGGAUUCAAUGAAUAAUAUUGUAGUAAUAAAGGAGAAUAUUUAUUUGGUUA